AUGCCAAAUUUCACCGAUGUAACAGAGUUUAUUCUCUUGGGGUUGACCAGACGUCGGGAUCUCCAGGUACUCUUUUUUGUGGUGUUCCUUGUGGUUUACAUGAUCACUCUGCUAGGGAAUAUUGGCAUGAUCAUUUUGAUCAGCAUCAGUCCACAGCUUCAGAGUCCUAUGUACUUUUUCCUGAGUCACUUGUCUUUCGUGGAUGUGUGGUUCUCCUCCAAUGUUACCCCCAAGAUGCUGGAAAACUUACUGUCAGAGAACAAGACUAUUUCUUACGUGGGGUGUUUGGUGCAGUGCUAUUUUUUCAUUGCCCUCGUCCACGUGGAGGUCUACAUCUUGGCAGUGAUGGCUUUUGAUCGCUACAUGGCCAUCUGCAACCCUUUACUGUAUGGCAGUAAAAUGUCCAGGAUUGUGUGUGUUCGGCUCAUCUCUGUGCCUUAUGUCUAUGGAUUCUCUGUGAGUUUAAUAUGCACAUUAUGGACAUAUGGCUUAUACUUCUGUGGAAAUUUUGAAAUCAACCACUUCUAUUGUGCAGAUCCUCCACUCAUCAAGAUUGCCUGUGGAGGAGUGCACAUCAAAGAAUUCACAAUGAUUAUUAUUGCUGGAAUUAACUUCACGUAUUCCCUGUCAGUGGUCCUCAUCUCCUACACCCUCAUUGUUGUCGCUGUGCUGCGUAUGCACUCUGCUGAUGGGAGGAAGAAGGCCUUUUCCACCUGUGGGUCCCAUUUGACUGCUGUUUCCAUGUUUUAUGGUACCCUCAUAUUCAUGUACCUCAGGCGGCCAACUGAGGAGUCUGUGGAACAGGGCAAAAUGGUGGCUGCAUUUUAUACCACAGUGAUUCCUAUGCUGAAUCCAAUGAUCUACAGUCUGAGGAACAAGGAUGUGAAAGAGGCAGUCAACAAAGCAAUUGCCAAGGUCAAUUUGGGGCAGUAA